UCUUUAAACUCAUUGUUUUCUCUUAAAUUUUCCCGAGAAAAUCAAUCUUUCUCUCAAUUGAUUCUUUGUGUUGAAGCUCUAGCUCACUAUGGGCGAUAGUCAAUACUCAUUUUCUCUCACUACUUUCAGUCCUUCAGGAAAGCUAGUUCAGAUCGAACACGCGUUGACUGCCGUUGGUUCUGGUCAAACAUCUCUAGGAAUCAAAGCCGCUAAUGGCGUUGUUAUUGCCACCGAAAAGAAACUGCCUUCGAUUUUGGUUGAUGAAACUUCUGUUCAGAAAAUUCAGUCUUUGACCCCAAACAUUGGAGUUGUUUACAGUGGGAUGGGUCCUGAUUUCCGGGUUUUGGUCCGAAAAAGUAGAAAGCAAGCAGAACAGUAUCAUAGAUUAUAUAAGGAACCAAUCCCUGUCACACAACUUGUGAGGGAAACUGCAACUGUUAUGCAGGAGUUCACUCAAUCCGGAGGAGUGAGACCUUUUGGAGUGUCUUUGCUGGUUGCUGGGUUUGAUGACAAGGGUCCGCAACUAUACCAGGUGGACCCAUCUGGUUCCUACUUCUCAUGGAAGGCUUCAGCAAUGGGGAAGAAUGUCUCAAAUGCAAAAACAUUUCUUGAGAAGAGAUACACUGAUGAUAUGGAGCUUGACGAUGCUGUGCAUACUGCCAUUCUGACACUGAAGGAGGGAUUUGAAGGACAAAUUUCUAGUAAAAACAUUGAGAUUGGAAUUAUUGGUGCAGACAAAAAAUUCCGGGUACUAACCCCAGGUGAAAUUGACGAUUAUUUGGCUGAAGUGGAAUAGCUUGCUCUUUACCCCUCACAAUUUGGAAUGAAUCAACUGUCUUUUUUCAGGACUUCUAAACAGAAUCUAGUUACAUGUGAAUGCUCAAACCUUGAGAAUAGUUGAUUUGUCCUAUGUUAAAUCAUCUAAUCACCCUCAUCUGUUUCUUUUAUUAGUGCCAAAACAUGGAUACUAAUUUCGCCAUUUA